UUUGGAUUGAUUGUUAGCAACUCUGCCCUUAAGCGCAAGGGAUGGAACUGGGCCAAAGAAUUCAACAAGUCAAAGGAGGCGAAAGAUCUCGCUGCGACAGAGGUAGCAUGGGAUCUUGGUGUUCUGUGUGAUGCGGGCGUCGAAACCACGCAAAUUCAAUUGCAAAUUUUCAUUUUGGCGUGCGUAGCCUACCCGGAUUGGAUUGCCGCCGCUCAGAAAGAGCUUGACGAAGUCGUCGGUACUAAUCGUCUUCCUGGAUUCGAAGAUCUAAGCAACCUACCCUAUCUUCAGGCUGUGGUAGAGGAAAACUUCAGAUGGCGGCACAUCGUGCCAGCUGGGAUUCCGCACGCUACGACUCAGGACGACUUUUACAAAGGUUAUUUGAUACCCAAGGGCUCGGUCGUGGUUCCUGUGUUCGCCGCGAUGCGCCAGAACUCUAGCACUUUUGACUCACCAGAAGUGUUCCGGCCUGAACGAUGGAUCGAAAAGUCCCAGCCCAGCAACUUCGGAUACGGCCGAAGAGUUUGCCCUGGACGAUUCAUUGCACGAAACUCUCUAGCGAUAGCGAUAGCAAGACUGCUUUGGGCGUUCAACAUACGCUCUAAAGAUGGCGUAAGGAUCAACGUGUCAGAAGAGAUGUUUACAACUGGGUUUGUGUCCGGCCCAAAACCUUUCGUUGCAGUCUUUGAGCCGAGGUCAAAGGAGCGCAGAAGCCUCAUUGAAAGAGAGUUCGACAUGGCCGACAAGGAUGUAGCGCACCUUCUAGACGAGGCCAGAGGGAAGCAAAUUGCUGCUGGACUGUCGCCUCAAGGGUAG